GGGACUCCCUGAACUAAAUAGUGACGCCCACCACCUAUUUAAACGACCUAGAGAUUUACAACGCAGUUUGGACCACGAUGGAUCAGUCAGAGGACGAGUUCGACGACCUUAUAUUUCUCACGGAUUUGUUUUUGGAAGAAAUUAAGUCUGAACAACCGCCGGAAGCACCCCCGAUGACUUUUAUUCGGUGCGAGGAGGACGAGUACGGACAUCCUUUGCCAAAACGUAGGAGAAGGGGAGAGCGGCGGAGACCAGCUUCGUCCAAAAGAACUCCAACUGUGGCUCCAACUCCAACUUUGGACCCAUCAUUCAUGCCGUCUACAAGUGGACACCAGAGUGUAACAGAAACUUUUCAAGAUAAAGAGGUCCAAGACCUUCUGGGGCCUGCCGAUGACCCCACUCCAUCACAUUGGACAGCUCGGAAAGCUUCCUCCUUGGAAAAGUGGACGGUGUUAAGACCUUCUAUGGUUAAUCAGUUGUUGAUGUACGAGAAGCCAAAAGAGGGACAUUGCCAUCACUGUCGCUCUCAGGUUGCAGCAAUAAUGUGCCGCGACUGUUUGCCAAGACCACUUCAUUGUGCGUCCUGUGAUUUGACUGUACACGACCGCCUCGUGCUCCAUAAUCGAUCAUCAAUGAUCGAGGGAUUUUACAGGCCGAUACCACCAACCACUUUUGUCAAGGAAGAGGGAGGAAACUUCACAUACCACGAAAAAGUGUGCUUUUUGCCUGUCAUCCUCCCCCGCUGUGACUGCUCCACUGGUCAAACAGAGGUUUCUGCAGGAAAACAAGUGAUUCUGAUUGGAAUGAAUGGACGAUACAACCUAUCCCUUCCAAAGGCCACGUGUUCCUGUGGAAAAACUUGGGAUGCUGGUAUUGGUGAUCUGGUACAAAGUGGAUACUGGCCAGCUACAGUCAACUUUAAGACUUUGUACACCUUGGAUUUGGUCGCAUACUAUGAAGAUCUGAAAGUUACUGCGCCGGAAAUGUCACGGCAUGCUUUUGUUGGCAUGCUUGAACAGCGCACUAAAGUCUUUGGUCGAAGUGGUAAAAUAUGUGGAGACACCAUGCAGAAAGCGUUCCUACAGUGGUCCUAUGCAAAAGUUGAUGUCGAGAGGCUGUCUCAGACGAAUCACUUUGAGUCUCCAGCAUCCACACCCUCCAUGUUGGCUGUUGCAGAGGAUGGGAACCACCAAUCAGGACCAGCCAUCCAACCUUCACCCUCAUCAGUGGGACGACAUGGUCUCCAGAAUGGGGAGGACCACAAAAAAAUAAACAUCAAAGGGAACUCUGUUGACCCGAUUGACCUUUGAACAUUAUUGCUAUUGCUGUUGUUUUGUGUGUUGUGUUGCUGUUGUGUUGUUAAUAAAUGUAAACAAAGAUGUGA